GUCAUUGGUGCUCACAAAAACUCAAUGACUCCUUCUUGCUCCUUCGUCAUUGCAAAAACUAAACUUACCUUAGAGUAUAAACUCACCUACUUUACCUACUCUGUGAACUAAACUUCAAUGAAGACAACAUAAAUAUUAGAAAGCUUGCUUCGUAGUUUUCUUGCUUAUAAAGAGAGACAUUUUAUUAAAGAGAAAUACACCACUAGGUCCACAAUAAUGGUGACUCUUUGUCCUCGGAUCACGUACUGUUGUUGCAUGUCAGUGAGAAAUGGAUGCCUCAUAUAUGGAUACAUUAAACUCGUAUUAGCGGUGGCAGGGUUUAUAUUAGACUUAACUAUGGAUCAUGAAGACGAAGACAUCAGCAAGAUAGGCGCAAUUAUUCUCAGCGUGUUCGCUGUUAUUAUUAAUAUCAUCUUAAUUGUUGGACUACAUAAGUACAUAAAGUUACUAGUGAAAAUAUAUGAGAUAAUUUUCUGGGUGCUCGUGGCUCUGAUGGUGUUGUCGAUGGUGUUGACCGCGGUGUUCCUCGAGUGGGUCGUGGCCCUGAGCAUGCUUCUUCUAGCUGUUAUAUUCUAUGUGGUAAAUUUAUUUAUUCGUAGUGCCUAUUUAGAAAUCAAAGAGAGAGAGACAGAUGGCUGAGACGUGAUAAUAUAACUGUAUAAAUAAUUAUUACUUACAAUUAUUAUUAAUUAGUUAAGUCACGCUCUCUAGAUAAAUGAUAUUAAAAAAUGA